GCUAGGCAAGGAGGGUAAUCUGACUGUUCUUCUCUCCCCACAUCAUGUCUCUGGUGCAGACUCUCCACUACGAGGUGGCGGCUCCCCCACCGUCCUUGUCGCAUCCCGCAAUUCCUUCCCCUUUGCAUUCCAUCCCCCCAACACCGGCCGAGGACGCCCAGGAUCCUCUCAAUGCUCCCCUCCGGCGGAAUCUGGCCCCUACAGAGGGCCAGGCGGUCUUUGAGCGGGCGCCUUCGGUCCAAAUCACACAAUCCCGUCGUUUGGCAAUCACCGUGUUGCUUAUUCUGGCCAACCUCGUACAGAUGACCGUGAGCUUCUCUGGGAUGGCGGGGGGUACCCGGCUUGGGGAAUCCUUGGGGGCCAAGGCGACAUCUGCCACCUGGGUCGGUGCCAGUUAUGGUCUAACACAAAGAACAUUUGUCCUUGUCAGCGGGCGACUAGGCGAUGUCUUCGGCCAUCGGGAGCUCUUGCUGGUGGGCGGGGCUUGGCUGAGCCUCUGUACUCUGAUCAGCGCUUUCUGCAAUAAUUUCAUCGCCUUUGUCGCGAUGCGGGCGCUCGCAGGCUUGGGAGGUGCCUUAAUCAUGCCUAAUGCAGUGGCUAUGAUUACCAGCACCAAUCCUCCGGGGCGUGUGCGAAAUCUCAGUUUGGGGUUUUUUGCAGCGUCGGCGCCAACGGGUGGCUACUUUGGAGCCUUGUUUCUCGGGGCCUUUAUGGAGAAGACGGAAUGGAAAUGGUUCUUUGUCUUUAUAGCCGCUAUUGGCGUCGCCAUCUUUCUCCCCUUGUGGGUAUUGAGCUCUCGAGAACCUCUGCUCGACAAGCAUGGCAAAAUUGAUUGGAUUGGAUCGGCGCUGGGAACAAGCUCUCUGAUAUUAUUCAACUUUGUCUGGAACCAAGCCCCCAGCGUGGGAUGGUCCACACCCUACGAAAUCGCCCUCCUAAUCGCCUCAGUCAUCCUCUUCGCGGCCUUUCUCCUCUGGGAGAAGAACGGCACCAAUCAUCCCAUCAUGCCAUUAGAGAUCUUCCAAGCACCAUCCAUCCUCACUCUGCUCCUAGUCGUCCUCCUCAACUACAUGGCCGUGGGCACUCUAAUCUGGUACCAGAUUCUCUGGCUCCAAGACAUCUGGCACUGGUCGACCCUCCACUUCGCAGUCGGCUGGACACCGUUCGUCAUCUGCGCAACCGGGGCCGCCUGUCUAGCAGCCUGGCUCAUUCCCCGUCUCGCAGCACAAUGGAUCCUCGCCAUCGGCACCACCACCAUCCUCGUCUCCAACGCACUCAUGGCCACCGUCCCUCUCCACCAAACCUACUGGGCCCAGGUCUUCCCAUCCAUCAUCCUCUUCUCCUUCUGCCCGGACUUUGUCUACACGGCCGCGCAGAUCAUCGCCAGUAACUCUGUCCGUCGGAAUCAGCAGGGCAUUGCGGGCUCGUUGAUCGGCGCGCUUAACCUCUACGGUGUUAGCUUGGGAUUGGGGUUCUCUUCGACGAUUGAAGACCAAAUUGCUCGGCGGUCAGGGAGUCGGAUCGAGGGGUAUCGAGCUGCGUUGUACUUUGGGGUGGGUAUUAGUGUGGUGGCAUUGUUGUUGGAUGUGUGCUUUGUGCGCAUGGUGAAGGAUGAGCGCGAAGGAUGGCGUGAAGAGGAUCGUGUCUUGGCUGAUGCGGAUGCCGAUGCACUGGAGAUGACGGGACAUGCGGCGGCGACUGGUGCGGAGUGGCCUGCUCCGGUUGAGCGGGCUUAAUGGGUAAUGGAUAGAUAGAUACGCUGCAUUAUCCUUUCGAGCUCUGCUUAGAGCGUGUGGAAG